AUGCCGCUGGCAAGUUUUAGAAGAUCUCCGAGAGGUUACAGAAAUGUCCGAAACGACCAUCGAGCAGACCCCGGCAGCUGCAGUUCCGACCACCCUAGGCAACACCGACGGACCGAACAGCAAGACGAUCGUCUAGCAGCCAUCGAGCAAGGCAAGACCCUGCCGGCCGAGAUCCACGACGCCCUGGCCAGCGAAGACUCGGUGCUCGACAUCGAUGACUUCAAGCUCUGGUACGCCAGCGCCCAGGCGCUUCAUGACAUCUCUUUCAGUGUGCCGCGCGGCCAGGUGACGUCCUUGAUCGGCCCGUCGGGCUGCGGUAAAUCGACCCUCUUGCGCUCGGUCAACCGACUCAACGACUUGAUCGACAUCGUGCGCAUCGAAGGCGACAUGCGGAUCGACGGCGACUCGCUCUACGCCAAGGGCGUCGACGUCAUCGAGCUGCGCAAGCGCAUGGGCAUGGUGUUCCAGAAGUCGAACCCCUUCCCGAUGUCGAUCUACGAGAACGUGGUCUACGCCCUACGGAUCGACGGCGAACGCCGCAAGAGCGUGCUCGAUGAGGUCUGCGAGCGCAGCCUACGUGGCGCCGCCCUGUGGGACGAGGUCAAAGACCGCCUCGACGAGCUCGCCUUGGGGCUCUCGGGCGGCCAGCAGCAACGCCUGUGCAUCGCCCGCGCCAUCGCCGCCGAGCCCGAGGUGCUGCUGAUGGACGAGCCCUGCUCGGCCCUCGACCCGAUCGCCACCGGCAAGAUCGAAGAGCUGAUCCAGACCCUGCGCGGUGAGUACACCAUCCUGAUCGUCACCCACAACAUGCAACAAGCGUCGCGGACCUCGGACUACACCGCCUUCAUGUACCUGGGCCGGUUGAUCGAAUACGGGCCGACUACCGACAUCUUCACCAACCCACAUCUCAAGGCCACCGAGGACUACAUCACCGGUCGCUUCGGCUGA